UUUAGAGAACUCAGUGUGUUCAGGUUAACUCUACAGAAAUAGUGAACCAAAGGACCGGACUAGCAGCCUAGUUCUAUUGAGUUUAAACUCAUAGCGACGAGUUUGAGGUUUUUGCAUUGUAAGUACAAUGUCUGGAGACUUGGAUCUCUCACCACCAGAAGUUCCGGAACCCACCUUCUUUGAAAGUCUCUUGCGCUAUGGCCUCUUUCUUGGAGCCAUUUUUCAACUUGUCUGCAUCUUGGCAAUAAUUAUACCCACAUCCAAGAGCUAUGAACAGGAAGAGACUGCAGAACCAUCAGACACAAAAACUGAACAGAGCAAGAAGCCAAAAGCACCUGUACAGCAGAUUCGACAGAAGCUAAAAAAGGAGAGCAAGAAGAAGAGAUAAGGCUCAAGAAGUUUAAGUUCAAAAACCUUCAUUAUGGACCAUCAACACUAAAGACACAUUUCAUGUGAAAUUUCCUGUUGGUAGAUCUGGCACCAAGACGUACCAUAUAUUCAAUUCCGGAUCCAAUUUGCGUCAGUGCAUUUUAAAAUGUUAUUAAAACAAAAUAUUCCAUCGUUUCAUUAAAGUGUAUAAUAAGCGUG